AAGCCAGAAGCAUCGUCAACAUGGACCUUGCCCUUCUCUGUGUGUUUCUGCCUUUGGUGACAGUGGUGUGGGGCCAGUAUGGUGACUACUACUAUGGCCCCUAUAACUACGGAGAUAAUGAUGAAUGGGCCAACGUGUACCGUCAGGGCUUCAACUUCCAGUGCCCGCACGGGCAGGUGAUUGUGGCCAUCAGGAGCGUUUACAGCAAGAAGGAGGGCUCCGACAGGCUGUGGAACUACGCGUGCAUGCCGGCGGCCCAGAGCCUCGGCGAGCCGACCGAGUGCUGGUGGGAAGAGAUCAACAGGGCAGGGACCGAAUGGUAUCAGACCUGUUCAAACAAUGGGCUGGUGGCCGGUUUCCAGAGUCAGUAUUUUCCAUCUGUGCUUGACCGCGAAUGGCAAUUUUAUUGCUGCCGCUAUAGUCGGAGAUGCCCAUAUUCAUGCUGGUUAACAACAGAAUAUCCUGGACACUAUGGAGAAGAUAUGGACAUGAUGAUGUAUACUUAUGACCAUUACAUCCGUGGGGCAACAACAACUUUCUCUGCUGUGGACAGGGAUCGUCAGUGGAAAUUCAUUGUCUGCAGGAUGACAGAGUAUGACUGCCCAUUUCAAAAUGCUUAAAAAGAUUGAGUAUCCCAAACUUGGAGAGCUUGGGGAGGGUUAGGGUGGGGUGAGGGUGGAUAAUUACGGGAGAAGGACAAUUAGACUCACAAAAAAAGUACAUAGACUCAUCAGCUGUCUGUUGAAGAUAUAAUUCUUUCUUGCCUCUGGAGCUAUUAAAUAAAUUGCCAUCCCACAUGCUUGCAACAGCAAUUUUGAAGGAUUCCCUCAAGCUGCACUGGCAGUUGCAUCCCCCAACUAAAGUUGCUGAUGACACACACGUUUAAGACACACAAGUUUAUAACAUAUGCACAGUUACCUUUUAUAUAUAUUCUGAAAACAUACAACUUAUUUUCACAUAGCAUCUUUGUAUAAAUUGCUUCCCAGAGCAAAGUCACUGCAAAUGAGGAGGAAACAUAAUACAACCUUUCCAACAUGAAAUAGUCUUUCUUAUCUUCUGCUUUUACUUACAAACCAGUGAUCUCUACCAGCUUCUCAGCAUUUAGUAGCUGGAAAUGUGCUGAAAGUAGUAUUAGUAGGUCUCUGACAUACUGCAUCUGGGGUUACCUGUUACAGCUCUCAGCAGAGCUGUACUGCUACAAAUGCCUGUCUAGGCAGGGGAAGUCCAGCUAUAUGCAGUAAGGGACGAUGUCAGUACCUGAUUAAAAUGAGAGUAGAUACAUCAGUAAAAACAGAAACCUAAGCCAGAUUCCAAGUCUCUUUUAUAUUGCCCUAAAGUUUUCAAUGCCCUAACUACCCCAAGAGCACUAACCUGGGCAAACCUGCAGUAAGCUAGGCCAUGCUCACUCAGUAAAUGUGUAUACUAUACCCAUCAGGAGUCUACUUUUCAGGUGCACUGGGCUAUCACCAUAGGUGCCUGCGUGACAGUAUCUUGCCUUAACAAUGUAUUCUUGGCCCAGAUCAGACAAGUAAAACUAAUGACUUCAGGUCACCUCAGUUCCUCCAACUUGCAGAUCUCAUUCCCUGAAAAGGAUGAUUUGACCAGGUUUCAAGACUGCACAGCACUUGUGCAGCUGUAAUCUGACAAGAAAGACCACUGAUCUCUUCUGGGAAGAUCUGGGGUGGGACUUUUGUUCUUGAAGAAGACAGAAUUCAGGGCUCCGUUCUUUAGGUUGUAAAGUCAAUGUAAGACUUACGGUGGCUUUAGUGGCACUUGCUUAAGGGCCAUGAGGAAUGGGCCAUGUACCAAUUUCAGAUUUUAAGCUUCUCAGGAACAGCGGUGUUGGUCAGUUGGUUUUCAUGUCCCAAGCAUUUUUAAUAUAUUUACUAGCAUACCCACAAGUGUGAGCAUUAAAACCACACUUGUCCAAUAAAAGAAUAAUAGGUUUUGCA